CAAUAGUUCAAAGAUACAGUGUUAUCGUGCAGCUAUGUUGGGUUUGUUGGUGUUUGGUUGCUCAGUCCUUCUGUUGGCUCAAGUACAGGGCGAAACCGAAUCCAGGGUGGUUCAGUUGGCUCAAGGCUAUGUACGUGGUUAUAAAGAGCGAGAUUUCAACGUUUUCGCUUUCUACGAUAUUCCUUAUGCCACAGUAUCUAAAAGAUACCAGGCUCCCACCGGCCCGCCAGAGUGGAGAGGGACAUUCGAGGCAGUGAGACGAAGGGUGCUAUGCCCUCAAUUGCCUUUAUACCCGACACAAAACACUAUUAUGAUGGAAGAUUGUCUCGUUACAAAUGUCAUUGUCCCAAAUACUGAAAAAAGAAAUCUCCCAGUAUUAAUCACUGUUCAUGGAGGUGCCUUUCAACAGGGUGCGGGUGCUGAUGAAAUGUUUAGAACUUUAGUGCAAGAAAAAAACAUAAUAUCAGUAAACUUUAACUAUCGUAUUGGUGUCUUGGGAUUCCUUUGUUUGGGUACCAAGGAUGCUCCAGGAAACGCUGGACUCAAAGAUCAACUAGCGCUUUUACGUUGGGUGCAACAAAACAUCGCAAGUUUUGGUGGCAACCCUGAUGAUAUCACUAUAAAUGGUUGCAGCGCUGGUUCAGCCUCAGUAGAUAUCUUAACAUUGUCAAAUACGACGAGAGGACUUUUCAAAAGAGCGAUAUCUGAUAGCGGUGCGCAUCUCGGAGUUUUUGCUGUUCAAAUAAAUCCUAUUGAAAAUGCUAAAAUAUCGGCUAGGAUGUUGAAUUUCGAUAAUGUAAAUAAUCUGACAGCUUUAGAAGAAUUUUAUAAAACUGCCUCAAUAGAUCUAUUAACAUCCAGAUCAUUUGCAAACAACAAAGAUUCUGGAGUCUUAUUUUCACCGUGUGUAGAAAGAGAUUUGGGUGAAGAAGCCAUUAUUACAGAGGCUCCAUAUAAUAUUUUAAAAAGAAGCGAUUAUGUUAGAUAUCCCACAAUUUAUGGUUUUACUGACAUGGAAGGUACUAUACGGCUAUCGAUGUUUGACAAUUGGAGGAACGCCAUGAAUGAAAAGUUCUCAGAUUUUCUUCCAGGUGAUCUGAAAUUUGAAAGUGAAGAGCAAAAAGAUAGGGUUGCGAAAGGAAUUAAAGAAUUUUAUUUCGGUAACAAACCGAUAACCGAAGAUACUAUUUUAGAAUAUGUCGACUAUUAUACUGAUGUGGUUUUCGCAUAUCCCAUGUUGAGAUCGGUAAAAACCCAUGCCGAAGCAGGAAAUUUUACAUUUUAUUUACAUGAGUAUUCGUUUGUGGAUAGGAAUAGUUGGCCUGUUCCUUUUACUAAUGUAACCGGAGCUAAUCAUUGUGAUCAGGCUAUGGCCGUAAUGGAUGAGGAUGAAAGCAAUAUCACAGAUGAAUACAGAAAUAUGAAAAGAAUAAUGAGAGAAUUAUGGGGCAACUUCAUAACGAAAGGGGUACCUGUGGUGGAGAAUACUAAGUUACCUUUAUGGCCUCCCACGAACGGUAACAGAACCCCUCACUUGUCUUUGGGGCCCACAGUGGAGUUAAAGGGCACGCUGUUGGAGGCGCGGGCUCGGUUUUGGGACGAUAUUUAUGAAAAAUAUUAUCACGGGCCGAUACCACCAACCACUGAUUCUGCUUCAACGCUCCAAAGUAUUUGUUUAAUAUAUUUAUUAAUAAUGUGUUAUUUACUAUUAUGAUAUUAAAUGUUUGAGUAGCGUGAAAAGUAAAAAUAAUAUAAACAAGUUAAAGGUAAAAACUCCCUUACGGAACAAACUCAAAACAAUAUGGUAUAAAAUUAAACCUGUACUAUAAAAGUGUGUUACACGUUAAUACGUGUAACACACUUUUAUAGUACAGGUUUAAUUUUUUUAACUCAUAAUUGAGUUUACAAGAAUCACUGUACUUUUCUUAACAAAAUCAUUUGUAAUCAUGUUCAGUGUGAUUAGAAUUUUAACGAUUUUUUUUAAAAUGUGAAGCAGUUGUAAUAAGCGUAAUUAUAGUCUAUAAAUAUAUUUUUUUGGUAAAGUAAAUACUAAGGGCUAUUGUAAGAUUUAUAAAACUGAUCGUAUUGAUUUAGCAUAAGGUUCCCCACUGCUUUUUUGGCUCUCAGGUGUUUAGUCUACACUUAGGGCAGUUUAAAUAGAUGCAACUCAGUUUCGGUUUGAAGUGCCAUAUCAGCUAAGACGCUGUCAAAUUAAAGGCUCUCAUUACCUAACAUCAGAUCAUUGAUAUCUUAAGCCACAAUAUGUAACGGAUUUUAAUAGCUAAGUUUUGAUAUAACAGCGUCGACUCAGCUGAGCAUAAGCUCUAUAGUUGCAUCUUAAGCUUGGUUUGAAAAACGGUUCAUCACCUUAAAUGUUAACUUAAGUUCCUACUAAAAAGUGACUACUUUAUAAAUAUCGCCUUUAGCUUAGCCAAACUUUGUCCACUCAACGUGUAAUGAUUACCUUUAUUAAAGAAAAUAUGCAAAUAUCUCAUCAAGCGCAACGUUUAAAAAUAUUUAGUAAUUAAAGAUUUUCGGACAAGCUUCAGAUGUUGUGAAAAUCUAUAUGAAUAAAAAAACAUGUACCAAUUACUACAUAAAUACUCAAACUGUGUGAAACAUAAGUUGUGAUAAAAAAAAAAGAUAAUUUUAUUCACAUUUAUGUAAGAUAUUACGUAAAUAUAUUGUGUUUUAAAGACA